CUCUACCUCUCUUCCUUGACGAGCUCUCGUCAGCGAGCUCGUCAUGGCCAACUCCUCGUCGGCGAGCUCGUCACUGGCGAGCUCCUCAUCGGCGACAUAGGCAACAAGCUCCUCGCCAUGGUGAGUUGUAGGAUAUGGAUUGAUCGAUCCCUUAGAUUAGGGUUUCCGAACUCACCCGCAUCCUCUCGACCUCGCAAACGAUGGCCACAUUGGGAAGGAUCGCUCGUCGACGUGAUCCCACUUGACCUCGCACGCGAUCGCCGGUUCGGAGGAAUCGUUCGUGUUUCGACCCCGAUCCCGACUCCUCCCCCGCCUCCUCCGCCGCAUCCUCUCGACAAUCGCAUAAGAAGAAGCAGAGCCACCGCCUCUUCGCCAUUAUCGACGCCGUCAACGAUCGCAAGCUCCCUCCCGAGCUCCAUCAGUGUGAUCCUCUUUCCAAUAGCAGUUACCUUCUAUAUCACGUGGUGGUUUAUUCACUUUGUGGAUGGAUUUUUCUCUCCAAUAUAUGCUCAACUUUCGAUCAACAUACUCGGACUUGGCUUCAUAACUUCCAUAACUUUUAUAUUUUUGGUUGGACUGUUCAUGUCCUCAUGGGUGGGGGCAUCUCUUCUUAGCCUUGGAGAGUGGUUUAUCAAGAGAAUGCCAUUUGUUUGCCAUAUUUAUAAUGCAUCCAAGCAAAUUAGCACUGCAAUAUCACCUGAUCAGAACACACAAGCCUUCAAGGAAGUUGCUAUUAUAAGGCACCCUAGGAUUGGUGAAUACACAUUGGAUUCAUUACUUCAGCAGUUGUUCUUCAGGAACCCCGUCUUCGGAAAGAGAACUAUUUUCACAGUUUGAGCUUCAGGGAAAUGAAUUACUGUUGAAAUAGGAGCUGAAGUAUUUUUUUUUAUCGUUUUUAAGUAUUUUCUAUUUUCAAAGUUGAGAGAGUCAGGAAUGAUGUUGAACUGUAUAUCGAAUAUUAUUACUCUAUUGCUUUUAAAUUGAUUUUGCUAUUAUUUUGUUUUUAAG